AAAAAAUCUACUAUAGAGCAUAUUCACAUUAGUUCUCAUUUGACGGCUUGAUCAUUAACAUGGAAAAGUGGAGUGGAAAGACAGCAAUUGUUACUGGCGCUUCUGCUGGAAUCGGCGAUGCUAUUGUGCGUGAUUUAGUGAAAUAUGGAAUUAAUGUUAUUGCUCUGGCUCGUCGUAUGGACAGAUUAGAAUCCUUGAAAGAUCAACUAAAAGAUGAACCAGGCAAGGUUAUUCCAAUCAAGUGUGACGUGUCUGAUAAAGCUUCAAUUGAUGCGGCAUUUGAGGAAAUUGAAAAGCAAGUCGGAACAGUUCAGAUAUUAGUCAACAAUGCUGGAAUCGCACUUAUGCAUGGAAUGUUUGGAGAUGAUGAUGAAAAGACAGAUGAAAUCAUAUCCAGCACCAUCAACACAAAUUUCCUUGGAUUGGUCAGAGUCUCGAGAAAGGCUUAUAAGUUGAUGAAAAAAUCUGAAGACUAUGGAAUCAUCAUAAACAUUGGAAGUGUUGCUGGACACAAUGCUUCAUUUGAGUACAUUAUUAAUGUCUAUCCAGGUACCAAAUUUGCAGUCCGAGCUGUUACUGAGUCAAUGCGUCAAGAGCUUAACAAACUUAAAGAUACCAAGAUUCGCGCCUGCGAAAUCAGUCCCGGUGGAGUAGAUACAGAAAUCGGAGGAGGUUCUAUGGAAACACCAGAAAUAAGAGCAAUGAUUGAGAGUGGAAUGAUUCCAAUGCUCAAAAGUUCUGAUAUUUCACAGACAGUUCUGUUCAUGCUGAUGACACCAUAUGAAGUCAAUAUCACUGAAAUGAUUGUCAAGCCAGUUGGUGAAAAGAUUUAGAAGUUGAUUUUUUUGUUUGUUUGUCGGUAUCAGAGCUUGAAGUCGAGUUCUGAAUUUGCUAAUAAAUAAUAAGUCUGAUUAAUUUUUGCAACAUUUUUCAUCACCCAAAACAUUUGAUGAAUCUUUAUUUGGUAAAGAAGUGCACGAAAUUCUAGUCACUGAUAACCAUUUAAGCGAUGGAUUAAAAGCAGAGAGAUAACGAAUUUUUUUGAUUUUAUGACUAACUUGCUUUUGUUUGUAUUGGAUUCAUUUAUUUGAGAAUGUAAAGAAGUCUCUCUCUCUUGUAUAAAAUUGAAUAAAAUUUUGCUCAGUAUUUCUCUGACUUUAAGCAAGUAAACAUGGAAAAGUGGAGUGGGAAGACUGCAAUUGUGACUGGCGCUUCAUCUGGAAUUGGCGAGACAAUUGUGCGUGAUUUAGUAAAAAAUGGAAUUAAUGUUUUUGCUUUGGCUCGUCGUAUGGACAGAUUAGAAUCAUUGAGAGAACAACUUAAAGACGAAACUGGCAAGGUCAUUCCAAUUAAGUGUGACGUGUCUGACAAAGCUUCAAUUGAUGCGGCAUUUGAGGAAAUAGAAAAAGAAGUCGAAUCAAUUCAAAUUCUAGUUAAUAAUGCUGGAAUUUGUUUAAUAAAAGAGCUUUUUGGCGAUGAUGAUGACAAAACUGAUGAAGUCAUUGCAAACACUGUAAACCUUAAUUUCCUCGGACUAGUAAGAGUUGCUAGAAAAGGCUACAAGUUGAUGAAAAAAUCAGAAGAUUAUGGAAUCAUCAUUAAUAUUGGAAGUGUUAUGGGUCAUAGUGCAGCUGCAGACUAUCCAUUAAAUGUCUAUCCAGGCACUAAGUUUGCUGUCCGAGCUGUCACCGAAUCCAUGCGUCAAGAACUUAAUAAAUUGAAGGAUGUGAAAGUUCGAGUUUGUGAAAUCAGUCCUGGCGGUGUUUAUACUGAAAUUGGAGACAAAUGCCUUUAUACACCACAAAUGAAGGAAUUGAUUGACACUGGAGUGAUUCCAAUGCUUAAAGGAUCUGAUAUUUCCCAAACCGUUAUGUUCAUGCUGAUGACACCAUAUGAAGUCAACAUUACUGAGAUGAUUGUUAAGCCAGUUGGCGAAAAAUUGUAA